AUGUCGCCGCGAAUUCCCAACACGUCCAAGAUAAUCACGUUUCUUUUCACGUGUCACGUGGAUACGACAACAUCGCCCCCUGGAGAGCCUUUAGUCCGUGCCCCAGUGGGCAAGCCUCGAUGCCCCCCUGCCAUUUCCCGCCUGCGCGUAGAAAAAGUUGAGGGCGGCUUAGCAGUCGCCGGCGUAGUCGUGGCUGCCAACUGUCAAAUUGUCCUCCCAAUAUUUGGGUUCCUGUUUAUGCUUGUAGGCUGUGUGCUCACAGCCGCAUCAUACCGUGGUUGUGGUGAGAAUGAAGAACCAGACCAUUACGCCGCUCGCAUCGCUUUCACUGGAAACUCUCGCGUGCUGGGCCCAGUAUGCAUCGUUGCUGGGGCUCUUAUGACCAUAGCUGGUAUUGUGCUAUGUGUGUUAAUGCGAUCGGCACAAAAACGUCAGCGUCGGUUGGCCUUCCACUGCCCCAUUCACGGGGACUUCUACCCCUUAAGUCCACAGAAUAGUAGGAAAUAUACACGAAGCCCCACCGGUCUUUGGCGUUUCCUUCGCGGCUGGCUUGGUAUGGUGGAGGAGAGUGCAACACCUCGCUGCCCCCGUUCCGUGGAGCCCGCUUCACCAGCAAGAGCUGAUGCCCCAUGUCCCCCACCUUUACCCUUCUUAGUACCUAGCGACUCUGUUGUAGGAAUGGCAUCCAUUCUCGGAGCACCGCUCAGUCCCGAACAAACUUUCGGUUCAAUAAAAUCGUUGGCCAUCUCGAGAGAAGUUGCCAGUUUUCCACUUUCGCGCUCACCGACACCUCCUCCAUUAAGUUGUCCACCAUUCAAGGAAGAAUCAAAGUUAUGCGACAUUCCCAAUUCAGUGCCAUCGCAUUUCGAUUGCGGGACCCCGAUCUGCAACUACCGCGUCGUGGAAUGCAAACUCACCACCACAGACGAAAUACGCUCGAGCGAUAAAUACCCCAGUGUCCAUAGUGAUAAACAGAAACCUGCCACAGUUCGUAUCACAAUACCUGACGAAGGCAAAGGUUAA